ACAGAUCCAGUGCUUCUCCGCUCUCUGCUCGUGCAGCUCCACCCACCUGCAGAUAAAAGCCAAACCCUCACCAGAGCUGCUGUUCAGUGUCUGUCCCAAACUCCUCAAAGCAUUGUGAUACUUCCACCCUGCAGCAGCAGCAGCAGUUGCACACACACACACACACACACAAAGAUCCCAGCAGGACUGCAGCUAACACCUGGCUGGAUCCUGUGCAUGGCCACCGUCCCACUCAUGCCUUGGAAAAGACCCAGAAAAGCGGCGUAAAGAGAGGGGAAGAGGAGGAGAAACCAGAGGAAAGAGGCGCCGGCCAGAGGGAGAGACAACCUUCAGUUUGAGAGGAGGAAAAAUCAGAAAAAAAUGGUGGCCAUACCCCUCCAGUCUUUCUAUCUGCUCAUCACAGUGUCCCAACUGUGUUUAUCACGCCUCGCCCAUGGCGGGGCGUAUUAUGGACACAAACAGCCGCCUCAACAGCACCAGCCUUUGCCACAGUACAAUGAUGGGUAUCCUCAGCAACAGUUUAUGGGGAACGAGAUGCCACACCUGCCUUAUGGCAAAGAAGGGCCAUUACUGCCUCAGUAUGGGAAAGAGCUUCCUCAGCUGCCUUUACAGAUGGGCAAAGAGAGACCACUGACUGAUGGCAAAGGACAAACAUUCCCCAGAGGGGCUAAAGGUCCACCUCCCCUUGGUCCUGGAGGAGAAGGUCUCAGGGAGGGACCACAAGGAGUACAGGGCCCCCCUGGACCAACAGGGCCACCAGGACCAAAAGGCCCCCCUGGUCUACCAGGCCAGGGACUGCCAGGGAUGCCAGGAAAGCCGGGGCCUACUGGUCCUCAAGGAUACCCAGGAAUUGGAAAACCUGGCAUGCCAGGAUUGCCAGGAAAACCUGGAGGACCCGGAUUACCAGGACCAAAAGGUGACCUUGGUCCUGGUGGUGGUGAAGGACCAACUGGACUUCCUGGGCCUCAAGGACUCCCAGGUCCCCCUGGACUCCCUGGGAUUUCAAAAGCAGGAGGUCAGGGGCUGCCUGGACACACAGGUCAGCCAGGGGAGCCUGGCCUAAAAGGAAUACCUGGACUUCCUGGUCCUCCAGGCCCUAAGGGGGACAAAGGACUUGGUCUACCUGGUUUUCCAGGUUUAAAAGGACCUAACGGACCACCAGGGCCACCUGGAAAUGUGGGCAACCCUGGGGUUGGUAAACCUGGUCUGAAUGGUCUCCCUGGACAGCCAGGGAUACCAGGAAAGCCUGGUCCUUCUGGAGAGCCAGGGCUGGCAGGGCCACCUGGUGAUAGAGGGCAACCAGGACCACCAGGCUUGCCAGGAAUUGGAAAACCAGGAAAAGAUGGUUUCAGAGGGCAACCAGGGCUCCCUGGAGGGAAAGGCGAACUGGGCCCUCCUGGUUUACCAGGGGGUCCAGGCUUGCCAGGCUAUGGUAAACCAGGGUUUCCAGGACCUAAGGGUCACAAGGGACAUGCUGGUCUCCCUGGACCUCCAGGCCUAAAAGGUGAUAAAGGUCAUGGAGGUAUUCCUGGGGUCAUUGGUCCGACAGGUCCUAGUGGUAUGCCUGGCCCACCAGGUCCAAUAGGGCCUCCCGGUAGUCUUGGCUUCCCAGGGCAAAAGGGAGAGGAUGGUGUUGCGGGACAAAAAGGAUAUCCAGGAAUGAAGGGUGAAAUAGGGCCUCCAGGUCUUCCAGGACAGCAUGGUUUAUCAGGAGCAGGUGGACAACCAGGACCAAGGGGUUUUCAAGGGCCCGUUGGCCCCAAAGGAGCAUCUGGUAUGAGGGGUCUACCUGGUGCCCCUGGAAAUGGAGGACUAUCUGGACCAAGAGGAGAGGGGGGGCAACCCGGAGAGAAAGGCCACCAGGGACCACAAGGUAUUCCAGGGCUUACAGGACCAGGGGGACCAAUUGGACCUCCUGGGCUUCCAGGGCAAAAAGGCGAAAUAGGUCUACCUGGUAAAGCAGGCUAUCCUGGUGAGGGAAAGCCAGGACUCCCGGGUCAUAUUGGUCCUCAAGGUAACACUGGCCCAAGUGGCCCCGCUGGAUUUCCAGGGCAACCAGGACCACCUGGACCCCCUGGUCCUCCAGGGCUACCUGCUACAUCUCCUGACCUCGGACAGAUCCUCCCUGUGAGUGGUCCAUACAAUGGCCAAGGUUACAAGAAACAAAAGAACGGAGGCGAAAUUGGUGGAAACGGCCUGGAGAUGCCUGCGUUCACAGCUAAGCUCACAAAUCCGUUCCCUCCUGUUGGCUCUCCUGUCAUCUUCGACAAACUCCUGCACAAUGGCAAUCAGGACUACAAUCCCCAAACCGGUAUUUUCACCUGUAGCAUACCAGGGAUCUACUACUUUGCUUACCACGUCCACUGCAAGGGGGGUAAUGUGUGGGUGGCACUGAUGAAGAACAAUGAGCCAGUAAUGUACACAUAUGAUGAAUACAAAAAGGGCUUGCUGGAUCAGGCGUCAGGGAGUGCUGUACUCCCGUUACGAAAUGGAGACACUGUAAAUAUACAGCUGCCAUCUGACCAGGCUGCAGGACUUUAUGCUGGUCAAUAUGUCCACUCCACAUUUUCUGGGUACUUAUUGUACCCAAUGUAAGAAAUGUGCAUAAAUAAAGGCGACAGUAAUGACGUAUUGAUGGUAAUUUUUUACUAUAUUUGUGGUGAAGAAAAGGUACAAUGUAGGUCAAGUUAAAUGGUUUUCAAUGAUUGAAUGCUAUGCAUUACAUCUGCAUUUAAAUACAUCAGUGGAGUCUAAGUCAUUGGUUAUGAUAUGUAAGAAGAAAGGUUUCUUGUGAAUGCUCUUGGUUUUGGAGAGCAGAGGUAAAAAAAAAGAUACAAAUAUCUCAGUUGUCAUAAUUCUUGUAUGUUUACAUUGUGCAUUUAUUCUUAUAUCCGUCCACAUACAAUAUAUCAUGACAUGGCUGGAGUAAUUUCUGGAACAAAGAGGCUUUAGGUUGCAGAAUUGUAUUCACUUUUCACUCAUUUCUUUUUUUGCUUUACAGUUAUAUACUGUAUACUGGGCACAUAAGAACGUAUUAGUUUCAUUGUACACUGCAUUUACUCUCAGCUAUCAGUACAUAAUGUUGGGUUAUGUAUUUGGGUCGUCAUACAGUUAAGUUAUUGUUAGUCUUUUUAUGUUACUUUUAAACACAACUUAAUCUUAAUACAAUUCUUUACACAUUCAUCCGACAGUAAAAUAUUCAGGCGAGUUUUUAUUCCAAUUUCAAACCAUAUUUCAGUCCAGAACAGAAUGGAAGAAAUGCUUUGCAGUUUUUCCCACAAUUUGGCAGUUAAACUAUCUUUUGAUUCUUUGUUCUUGACCAUGAUUUGUCUUGUUUUGUUUGUGAUAGAUAUGAAUUCUUUGAAAGGUUUUUGUCAGUUUGUCAGUAUUCUCUGUAAUUUAUUUGUUUGACUACUGAUUACUUGGGAUUGUGUUAUUUCUGUGUGUUGACAGUAAAUGACAGGAAUUCACUCCAAAAUGCAGAACACAACAUACACGAAUAAUCACAAAUAUUCAAAAAUAUGCUCAUGCUCAUACCCAUUCAUACCUCUGUGUCUGUUUUUUUUUUAACUUUAUUUCUUCAAACUGUGGAUGUGCAAUUUGUGUUUUUUCACUUCCUUUUUUGCUUUACUUUGGACAAUCGUGCACAGCACUAAAUAAGAAACUGUGCCUAGAGUAUGUGAAUUUUGAUCUUUGUGAAUGGUUAGAUAUUGGUUUAAUAAAGAAAUAAAAAACA